CACACGCGAGCCGAGGUGCCGUUUCAAGAAGCAGGCGCAAGUAUCGUGGGAAGAUGAUGUCACCGACAGCCAGGAGUCUGACUCAGAAGACGAGCAGCCGGCGGCCAUGUCGAGGAAGCAGCGCCACCGAGACGAGCGCUACGAGCUGAACGGCGCGGAGUUCUCCACGCGCUACGGCAGCAUCAACCGCGAGCUCGAGCGACAGGGCAUCCUUCAGGACGAUGACUCGUCGGACACGGGCGUGGCGGCGCGCGGCAGCGUCGAGGACUCGGGCUCGGGCGACUGCGAGGGCGGGCUGGACGCGCCUGGAGGCUCCUCGGCGGCGGGACCCGGCGCGGCGCCUCCGCAGGCGGGCACUUUCUUCCGCGACGGCCGCCGGCGCAUCGACUUCGUGCUGGUCUACGAGGAGAGCGGGGGCGGCGGCGGCGGUGGGUCGCGCGGAGGCGGCAGCCGCUCCACGCUGGGCUCGGGGGACCCCGUCAUGGCGGCGCACCACGGCUCUGCCGCCGCCGCCAAACGCUCCUCGCGCCGGGAGCUCUGGCGGCAGCGCUUCAUGGGCAACCUGCAGCGAUCUGGCCUCCACAUGGAAGAGGAGUUGGUGGAGACGCAGACAAGCCGCAAAACACUUUGUUUCAUUAAGCUGCAUGCCACGUGGUCUGUACUAUGCCAUUAUGCAGAAGAACUGAAUAUGAGAGCACCAUUACAGGCUCAUCCAAAUCCUUCAAUUAACUGGUCCGAACAGAUACUCAAAGCUCUCCGGCUGCCGAAUAUUAUGUAUGAAGAUGUUCCCAACAAACCUCUUGAUUACUAUACUUGUCCAUUUCGCAAGUCUAAAAUAGACAGGUUUCUUGGCAGUGAUAAUCAUGAUACAUACUUUACCAAUGUUCAGCGUAGUCGAAUAUUGUAUGAGAUCCUUUCAACAGCUAUAUUUGGCAAGAAGAAGAAAGGUGAAGUGGGCAUUGAAAGGCUAGUGGAAGAAGGGGUCUUCUGCUCAGCAUUUCCUCUACAUGAUGGGCCUUAUGAAGUGAAGAGAAGAACUGAUGGCACACCGCUAGGACCACUCAAUCCCCGCCAGGUCCUCUAUGAAUACUGGGCCCGUUGGGGAAAGUGGUAUAAGUACCAACCACUUGACCAUAUUAGAGAAUAUUUUGGUGAGAAGAUAGCAAUCUACUUUGCUUGGCUUGGCUUCUACACUGGAUGGCUACUGCCUGCUGCUGUGGUUGGCUUGUUGGUCUUCAUGUAUGGUGUUUGCACAAUGCACUCAAAUAGACUGGCAAAAGAAGUAUGCAGUAGCCAAGGACAGUUCAAGAUGUGUCCCCUCUGUGAUGUGGAAAUUGGUUGCAAUUAUUGGGACCUGAGUGAUGUUUGUGGCUAUGCUCAAUUUGCCUACCUCUUUGAUCAUCCAGGCACAGUCUUCUAUGCAAUUUUUGUUUCAUUUUGGGCUGUAACUUUCCUGGAGUACUGGAAACGAAAGUCUGCAAGCCUGGCUCAUCACUGGGAUUGCAUGGGGUUCCAGGAGGAAGAGGAACGGCCACGGCCAGAGUUUGCAGCACGUGCCCCAUUUCUGGAACGUAAUCCUGUUACUGGAGUGAGGGAACCAAGCUUCCCUUCCUCCCUACGGCACAAACGCAUUGCUGCAGGAAUUGGAAUAAUUUUUUUGAUGAUGUCCCUGGUUAUAAUUUUCAUUAUUGCCAUCAUAAUAUACAGAGUGCUUGUGUCUAUUCCACUGUUCCAAAAUGCAACCCUCAGAUCACAGGCACAGGCCAUAGCCAACCUUACAGGUGCCGUAGUGAACUUAAUUCUUAUAAUGGUCAUGAGCCGUGUUUAUGAGAAGCUUGCUUAUCGUCUCACAACAUGGGAAAUGCAUCGUACACAGACAGAAUUUGAUGACAAUCUAACAUUCAAAGUGUUCAUUUUCCAGUUUGUGAAUUUCUACUCAUCAAUAUUUUACAUAGCAUUUUUCAAGGGUCGUUUUGUUGGUUAUCCUGGAAACUACACUAAAAUACUGAAGCUCAGGAAUGAAGAUUGCAGUGCUGGAGGAUGUCUGAUUGAAUUAGCACAGCAAUUAGCUGUCAUAAUGAUUGGAAAGCAGAUCAUAAACAAUGCACAAGAAAUACUUGUCCCAAAGCUGAAAGCAUGGUGGCACAAGAAACAAGUUAAGCUUACUAAGAAGCACAAAACCCGAUGGGAAGAAGAUUACCAACUUAUACAGAAUGAAGGACUUUUUCAAGAAUAUCUGGAAAUGGUGCUCCAGUUUGGUUUCAUCACAAUAUUUGUAGCAGCAUUUCCACUUGCUCCAUUGUUUGCUCUCCUCAAUAACUGGGUUGAAAUUCGUUUGGAUGCACAAAAGUUUGUGUGUGAAACAAGACGCACAGUUGCAGAGCGGGCAGAGAAUAUAGGCAUUUGGUUCAAAAUUCUUGAUAUGCUGGCACAUCUGGCAGUCAUAAGCAAUGGUUUCCUCAUUGCUUUCACUUCAGAAUUUUUACCCAAAUUAUUGUAUCAGUACGAGUAUGAUUGGGAUCUGACUGGAUACGUGAAUUUCACAUUGGCAUAUGCUCCAAAGGGGAAUACAACUGAACAGUGCCGUUAUCGUGGAUUCAGAGAUGAGACUGGUAGUCACACACCAUUUUUUUGGAGACUGCUUGCUGUGCGCUUUGCCUUUGUCAUCAUUUUUGAGCAUGUUGUCUUUGGCAUCUGCCGACUGAUUGACAUCUUGGUACCUGACAUACCAGAAAGUCUUGAGCUGAAGAUAAAGAGGGAACGUUAUUUAGCAAAGCAAGCACUUCAGGACUCUGAAACAAUCCUCAAGGUUGCUGCAAGGAAGGAUGAAGAUGAGGAAGAGCUGUUGCCUAAUGGAGGCAUGGCUUUAGAUUUGACAGCAGAACUUGGAGACAUGACAGCUGAACUGGAGCACCUAGCAGCUACUGCCCCAGUUCUCCCAGCAGCACCAUCUCUGUCAGUAUGUACAACUGCCGUACAGCCAGAAAGUCAACUACAGAAGCCAGAAAGUUCCACAUCACUCAACAUGGAUGUAAGUCCAGUUCAUGCAGGAGAUGGCACCUGACAAAAACUUUCCACUCUCUGAGGAGGGGGUCGGGCCCUUAAAAGCAGGGUCCAACGUAAGCAAUACAGGCUUCCAAGACCUGACUAUGUCUUGAAAGACCUAACAUAGAAGCACAAAUACGGGAAGUAAAGUUCAAAGUUAUGCAAUUCAGAGUUAUGUUGUCAGAGGCACACCUCUGUUUUUCACCAUAUUGUUGCUAUUUUGUACAAUAAAUUCAUGUUAAAUCAGGAAAUAGUCCUGUGUGCGACAUUCCUAAUUAUGGAACAAAACAAGUUCAGUGUGAAAGUCAUGUAAAAGUUUCAUAUUUCUUAUAUAAGGAUACUCCAAAGAGAAGUUCCUUUGGAUAAGGAAGUUAUGUACAUAGUGCUGUACAUGUCAGUUUGACCUCGGGCACUUCAGUCGGUGAAGUUGCUGCAGAGGUGUUAAUGGCUGCAUAUGACUGGAUAUUUAUACUGCACUAUGAAUUUUUUAUUUAUUGAAAGCCAUAUGAGUAAGUGGCUUUAUUGUUAUUUCUAAGCCCUAAAACAAACUGCCCUCCAUUUUUAUAUUGUCGGCUGAGAGUAGAGCAUCUGUUUUGUAAAUGUAUGAGAGAGUGGUAUGCUUGGUUAAAUAAUAAAGUUCUGAAUGUGGUGUUUGAACAAUUAUCGUCAAAUGAAGAUUAAAGAACUCUGUCGUCAUAUAUUUACUGAAGAUAUAUGUAUGUACAAUAACAUUUUCGAAUGUUGUUACAUUUAUUUAAGCUUAGCUGUGAUUUAUCAUUCCACAAUAAUUCUUUACUUAAUAAGCACUGAAUAAUGACUGGUAACUAAAAAUUUAAA